AUGCGUUUCACCCUUGCUGGAUUCGAACCUGGCCGUUUUCAAAUCAAGCUAGGGUUCUGGGUACCGGGCAUUUUCGUUCGUCCCGGCGGUGGCGCUGGCGCUGGCGAUGGCGAUGGCGAUCGCGGUGGAGAGAAAUGGAGGAGCCGCCGUCGCCCUGUGAGUGAUUCAUGCUGCUUGGAAGUAGGGCAGCUCGGGAUCGAGAUGGAAUACCGCAGGCGCAGCCUCAGCAUGCACGGCCUGCGUCCUUCCAGGUCGCUCUUCAAGCGAAAUUGCGACAUGGCGACGCUGGAGAGAUUGGACAAGCGCAUGAUUAAGCUCAUCACGGUGGAUGUUGUGAGGGAUAUUGUGAGCCAGCGAAUGGGACUGAAAGCCAUUGACGAUGAUUGGCGAAACGAUCAUGUGGUGAAGCGAAACUAUACGGUUCGAUCGACACCCAAGAACCGGGAGGUGGAGGACUACGCCAGGAGAGUCGCGGCUGGGACGCCCGCGAGUAAGGCAAGCAGUAAUCUUCAGAAGGGUCCUACGACGUUUUCCAUGGGCUGUGGUGCUAGUACUAGUGAUGGAGUUGGUUCUAGUAGUUCGUCCCAGAUUCCAAAAUGGCUGGAGAUUUACAAUGGCACGAAGUCAAGUCCAGCAGAACAAAUUGAUCGGGAGGCGACACUCACGGCGAACAAGCUCAAAGAACUUCACGUCACAAAAGGGAAGUUGUGGGAGGAGUCAGACAAGAAGAAGCGUCAACUUCUCAAGAAACAGCAGAAGCCCGACGUGAGUGAUGCCUUCACGAGGCUGUCGGAUGAAGAAGAGAGGGCAGUCGAAAGUGCGCUUUACAGUAAAAGCAGGCAAAAGGUCCUCGUGAUGCAUGAGCAAUCAAAUAUUGAAAUCACUGGAGCUGUCAUGGAGUGUUUGCGCCCUGGCACCUGGCUCAAUGACGAGGUGAUCAAUUUGUACAUGGAAUUGCUGAAGGAGAGGGAGAUUCGAGAGCCCAAAAAAUUUUUGCGGUGUCAUUUCUUCAAUACUUUCUUCUACAACAAACUCUUCAAAGACAAGGACAAAUAUGACUAUAAGGCAGUUAGACGUUGGACAACACAGAAGAAACUAGGAUACAGCCUACUUGAUUGCGAUAAGAUUUUUGUUCCCAUUCACAAAGAUAUUCACUGGUGCCUGGCCAUUAUCAACAUUCGGGACCAGAAGUUUGAGUAUCUCGAUUCUCUCAGUGGGAUUGACGAAGAUGUGUUGGAGGUGUUGAGCAAUUACAUUGCGGAUGAAGCGAAAGAUAAGCUUGGAAAAUCUAUAGAUGUCAGUGGGUGGGGGAAAGAGUAUCCGGAGGACAUACCCGGUCAGGAAAACGGGUGUGAUUGCGGCAUGUUCAUGAUCAAGUAUGCGGACUUCUACAGUCGUGGGAGCUCUCUCCCUUUCACGCAGGGGGACAUGGAAUACUUUAGAAGGAGAACGGUCUGGGAAAUACUCCGUCUCAAGGCAACUUGAGCUUUACAAGUAAACCCUGAUCUUUUCUGCUCUCUUUCCUGGUCUGAUACUAUACUAUCCCAGCAGUUCAUUCGAGCGAGAGCAAUAAACCAGAAAUGACAUUUUUUUGAUCCGUCGUUUGUACAUGCCAAGAAGUUGGCAGGCGGCUGGUUAAGAACUAUGAGCUGUUGUUCGAGUA